GUUCGUUACUCGUACUUCCAUCGAUCACCGACGAGCAAAGCCCCUCUGCUCCUACAUUUCCCUAAAACUAUGGACCCUCGGCUUCACCAAGUAAUAGAACAUGAUGAUGUUGAUGAGCUACAUAGGUUAAUUGUGGAGGACCAAAAAUUCUUAGAUCGUGUAUCUGAGGAUCCCUUCCCAAAUACUCUUUUACACAUCGCUGCAGCUGCCGGGAAAAUCCAAGUAGCCAUGGAGGUGGCCAUCUUGAAGCCAGAGUUCGCUCGGAAGCUAGAUCCAGAGGGUUACAGCCCCAUUCACUUGGCUUUGCAACACGAGCAUUAUCAAACCGCGAGAGCACUGAUAACCCUUGACCCCGAGUUGAUUCAAGUCCGAGGACGACGUGGGAUCACCCCUUUGCAUUAUGUCGCGGGAAAAGAAGGAGACAAUGAGCUGGAGCUCCUAGCCGAAUUCCUAUCUGUUUGCCGAUCGUCUAUUGAAGACUUGACGAGUCGAUGCGAGACUGCGGUGCACGUUGCCGUCAAGAACCACAACCUCAAAGCAUUCAAGGUUUUGUUUGGAUGGCUUAGACGAGUCUGUCUGACACGAAUCUUGAACUGGAAAGAUCAAGAUGGUAACACCGUCUUACAUAUUGCUGCAUUCGAAGGGCAGACCGAGAUCAUCAAGCUAUUGAUUGGGUAUACAAAUGUAAAUGUGAAGAACUUCCAGAAUAGGACGGCUCUGGACAUCUUCCAAGUGAAUCCUCAUUUUGAUGAAGCUGUUGCGAGUAGGUUACACCCAAGAUCUACUUCUACCCUCUCUCUAUCACAGUAUUUUAGCAGUGAACUGUCUGUCUUUGAGAAGUACUCAAAUUUCUUCGGCAUCCAAGAUGAAGCCACUCGCAACAUGGUCCUUGUAGUGGCUACCUUAAUUGCGACUGCCACUUACCAAGCCAUUCUCAGUCCUCUGGGAGGAUACUGGCAGGAUGACUCUUCAAAUCCCCCGGCCAAUUCCUCCUCUGUCAUUACUGCCAAUUCCAGCGGCAUUGCUAUUGAAAAGCCACAUCAAGCCGGAAACAUUAUAAUAACUGGCUCGCAGCUGUAUUCGUUCGCAUAUCUCAACGGCACGGCUUUUGUCGCAUCCAUCGCCUCCAUCGCGGUCGUUGCUAUUUCGCUAUGGCCCCACACUCUCAUUAUUUACUUCUCUUUGACUAUUCUUAGCCUUGCCUACUGUUUUUUCCUUGUAAUUGAAUUCCCCAAGUCCGACAGGGUCGUAGGAACUCUCCUGUAUGAGUUUUUUGGGAUGUUGCUCGGGACCACGUUGGCACUCCCCAUACCCAUGUGGCUAAGGCACAUCCGAGUUGUAUCCCGAGUUGAUGCCACGUGGAGACGGCUCAGCAACAUACUAGGAUCAAAGGGAUAA